UGGUCGUUGUCACCGACACAGGGAUGCUAACGUGACCACACACGUUUCCCGUGUGGCCCUUUCAGCACUUUUAAGCUAGCGUGUUAUAAUUAUUAGUGUUCACUCUUGAAAAGUAAUGAUAUUGAUUAAUGUUGGGAAUCAAAAGGCUUUUCAGGAGAGGUUUAUACAUAAAAAAGCAUCAAUUUCACCUGCAGGUGGGCUUCGAGGAGUGUCGUGAAUGUUGUAGUACAAGAAGUUGGCGUCCCCUUUCAAUUUGACCCCAAAACGAUUAUCACCCACAAAACGUGUGGUCACACUUUGUGCCGCCCCUUGACCCCUCCCUACGGUGCAGGCAUUAAAACUCCCGAGUCUUGAUGUCGGCUCUGCAGUCCCAGGGCACAGUGCGCAGCUCCAACGACAGAGCGGCGAUUGGCUCCUCUUCCGCUUACUCGAAGCCUGCCGCUGCAUCCUCGAACAAAAUGCUGGGAUUCGAAGGAAUCGGGACCAUGAACUUCUGGAGGGCCGUGAUCUGGGAAUUCGUUGCCACACUUUUAUUUGUGCUCUUCGGCGUUGGCUCCACCAUGAACUGGUUUCCAGCUGGGAUGUCUAAUCCGCCGCCGGCUGACCUUGUCCUUAUUUCGCUGUGCUUCGGCUUGGCCAUCGCCACCAUGGUGCAGUGCUUUGGCCACAUUAGUGGUGGACACAUCAACCCCACCGUCACCUUGGCAAUGCUGGUCACCAGAAAGAUCAGCUUGGUGAAAGGGCUACUGUACAUGGUGGCCCAGUUCGUGGGAGGCAUAGCGGGAGCGGCUCUCAUCUUCUUCGUCACACCUGCUGCCAACAGGGGGGCAUUAGGCGUCUGCACGGUGCACAAAGGCCUGACUACAGGACAUGGCGUACUGGUCGAGCUGAUUUUAACCUUUCAACUAGUCUUCACCAUCUUUGCUACUUGUGACUCCAAACGGACGGACCUUGGGGGAUCUGCUAGCUUGGCCAUCGGUAUAUCUAUAACCAUCGGGCACUUGAUGGGGAUUCCUUACACAGGAGCCAACAUGAACCCUGCUCGUUCUUUUGGUCCAGCACUGGUCAUGCUUAAAUUCGAGGACCAUUGGGUGUACUGGGUAGGACCCAUCCUGGGUGCCCUCCUUGCUGCCAUCCUCUAUCAGUACCUGUUCUGCCCGGAGCGUGACUUCAAACCCAGCCCGAGCCAGGUCAUUCCAAAGGAUCAGGCCGGCAACUACAGGGAGGUGGACAAGGACGAACACGGCAUCAAGCCGGGCUCCGUGCAGACAGGCUCUGUGCAGCCUGUCAAGAAGAAGAAGAGAACUGAAAGAAAAGACCCAUCCAACGUAUGAUAAUCUUGAGUUUUUUGGCGUCCCGUUGACUCCCCACAUUCCUUUAUUAGGACCGUUCAUCUUUGAAGCGUUAAUCGUAAAGUCCUAAAGAACUGAACACUUAGAUGAAGGCUUGCAGUACAUUAAAGAGUGUAAGUUCAAGCAGUUUAAUCAUCACCAAGAAUGAAGAAGAACAUUUGGCCUUGUUAUUUUCGGAUUAGUGUCACCUUUAGUCCGUUUGAGGACUUCUCCAAGAGAUAAGAAUGUUAACGUGCAACCGACUGCUGCGUUUGUCAGUCGUCACUCUUUUCCAUCCAUCCAUUUUCUACCGCUUAUCCCUUUCGGCCUCGCGGGGGCCGCUGGAGCCUAUCUCAUUACAGCUAAUUUAUUCCAGGCCUGCCUGUGUUAGACAUUUUUCACUAAGUAGGAUUAUUAGUCAUAAAAUAUUUUCAGCAUAAAAAAAAACUACCGUAUUUUUCGGACUAUAAGGGGCAUUUAAAAUCCUUUCAUUUUCUCAAAACUCGACAGUGCACCUUAUAACCCGGUGCGCCUAAUGUGUGGAAUAAUUUUGGUUGUGGGGUGGCAUGGCGUAGUGGGUAGAGCGGCCGUACCAGAAACCUGAGGGUUACAGGUUUGCUUCCCACCUAUUGACAUCCAAAUCGCUGCCAUUGUGUCCUUGGGCAGGACACUUCACCCUUGGCCCCGGUGCCGCUCACACUUCCGUCGGUCUACCCCAGGGCAGCUGUGUUACAGAUCAGGGGUCGGGAACCCUUUUGGCUGAGAGCCCUGAAAGCCAAAUAUUUGAAAAUGUAUUCCCGUGAGAGCCAUAUUAUAUUCUUUAACACUGAUUACAACUAAAUGCGUGCAUUUUUUAGUAAGACCAACAUUUUUAGAGUAUAACAAGUCUCUUGUUCUUUUUGACAAUAUUGUUCUGAAGCUAACCAAUAAUAAAUAAAAUACUUCUUACCAUGAAUGCGACUUCUAGAAAACGGAUGGAUGGAUUAAAAUGCAUGAGAAAGUUUUAUAUUUUGAAUGUUAUUUUUAACACUGUGAAUGCAGCUGAGAUAGGCUCCAGCACCCCCCAUGACCCGAACGGGACAAGCGGUAGAAAAUGGAUGGAUGGAUGUAUUAUUCGUUACUUAUCGUUUUAAGCAAUGUCAGCUAAGAUUUAACCGAGAGCCAGAUGCAAUCAUCAAGAGAGCCACAGGUACCCUACCCCGGCUACAGAACCACCACCAGGUGUGAAUGAAUGAUGGGUUCCCACUUCUCUGUGAGCGCUUUGAGUAUCUAACAAUAGAAAAGCGCGAUAUAAAAUCUAAUCCACUAUUAUUGUUGUGCUUACUGACUUAUUUUAUUUGGUACAUGGUGAAAAAGUGUGACCAUUACAUGGCAGUCACACAUAAGAGAUACGUGUAGACUGCAGUAUGACUCCGGUAAACGCCAACAUUAUAUAUGUUCCAUUGAAAAUAUACAACAUUACACACGGCGCUCAAAAAUGCAUCACAAUGUUUUAGUACGACUUUGGUAUGCUAUGAAGCCACACCGCUUGAUUUAUUGUACUGUGCUUCAACAUACAAGUAUAAUAUAGUGUGUGUAUAAGGUAAGACAUUAUCUGCCAUCAUUAUGCAAAAGCAACUUUACUUACCUUCUGGUACCUGCUGAUCUGUAUUUGGGAUCUGCAUAAGUCCUGAAAGUUUGCGCGAGUCCGCCUUUGUAAUCUGUGAUGACACCGUAGUCAAUAAGCUUCUUUUUUUCUAUCUUGUUAUGGGACAUUCAUCCUCCGCUGUUGCCAUUUCUAAUAUAAAGUAGUGUUUAAAGUUCUUAUUUCUUUCAGUAAACUCGCCAUGAAAGCGCUAAAACUACUGGUGUAGUGAGUUUACAUUAUUCACCCAGGGAACUUUAGUUAUUAGAAUUGUUGGUCGGACGCAUUUCUGGAUAGUGAGCCAUGAGGAAAUGGUGCUCUGUUAUUGAAGUAAAGUCUGACUACAGUUAGCUCCAUCUUUUGACACUUCUUCCACUCCCGUCCUUGCACGCUACACCGCUACAACAAAGAUGACGGGGAGAAGACACUGCCAAAGGUGAGCCACGUAAAUAAGACCGCCCACAAAACAGCGCAUCCUGAAGCAACUGGCAGAAAGCGGCUUGAAGAUGAUCUGUAAAAUAUAAUCUAUGCAACCUUUUGACCAAAGAACCACCAUUACAUGUUAUGUAGACCACAAGGGAGUCUUUGACAUUUAGAAAAAAAAAAGAUGACUGCUUUAAUGCGCCCUAUAAUCCAGUACGCCUUUUGUAUGAAGGAAGACCUGACCUGACCCGCUAAACGGCAGUGCGCUAUGGUCCGGAAAAUACGGUAUAUGUUCCGUUAACAUAUUUGGAGCCCUCUAGUUAGCGCUGACACCAUCUCUCAAAUUGUCCUUCCGACCAUUCUCUGUGUUUGCAUUCGGAGCUGGGAAUGACAUCACCUUUCCAUUUCCGAUGUCGAAAAUGAAGAUGGCCAUAUCCACGAAAGUCAAUUUUGCGCUUGCUUUGUUUGAUUAUAAAGAAGUCAUGGGAAAAUAUGCACCCCUCCAGUAACCUUCCAACACUGGAGAAGACGCUACUGCGAGCGAUGUAAUAAAUGUAGUGUGAACUACAGUGAUGUUACCAGUAUAUAGAUGUGAAACAAUACAUUGUAUAUAAAUGUUUUACAGCGACAAGAACUAAUCAGAAGUGCUAACACCGGAUGUUGUACAAAUGUAUAUCAUUAACACCCAGAGCAGCCAUUUUGAAAAUGAGCUCAGGCUACUUUCAGAGUCGGGAAUACAACAUGGAGGGGCGUUCCCCGGAAAAUUCUGAUGACAUCAGAAAUUCCGACUUUCCAGUCCAAAUAGAACCCACCAAAAGGUUCACCAAUGUCAUGUGGAGCUAAAGCUGACAAAGGGUGAAGUGUGUAUCCACUUAGCAUUAGUGAAGCCCGCUUCCACAAUGGUGCCAACACAAACCAUUAAAUAAGCCUCCGCUGACUAAUUUCAGUAUUAAAAGUGGUAUUGUUCAAGCGAUGUUUUGUAUGCAAUGCUCUUUUUAAACUUUAGUCGAAAAGUUAACACGCCGAAACAGAAGCCCAAUUAUCUAUGCUAGCCAGUAGCAACAACAACAACAACAACACAGGACUUCCUUAUAGCGAGCUAUCCCGGGUUGGACCGCUCUUCUACGCAUGAGAUAGUGAUGUCUCUGCGUUGUCGACUUGUCCACAUGCAAGAAGUUCCCCCCAUGACCCUAUGCUGGCUUCUCAAUGGACUGGACUCACAUUAUUAUGAAUGUAAAAAUGCAAUAACUACCCACUCGACAUCAUUGCAGCUGGUCACCCAGAAGGGGGGUCCCCACAUAUGUGGCCCCUUCCCAAGUUUUCUUUUUCCCAGCUUGGGUUUUUGGAGUUUUUCCUUUCCCGGAUGCCCUUUGAGACACUUGUGAUUAAGGGCUAUACAAAUAAAUUGUGCAUGGUUGAUUAUGCACCGGUGACGGUGUAAGGUUGCAUACAUGAAGCCCCGGAAUUAUGAGUAUUGACAAGCAAAUUGUUUUUUGCAUGUUCUGUGUUUUGUAUUGCUGCAAUAAUUAUGAAAAUUUGUUGUAGAUUUUCAAAUGUUUUAAUGUUUAAUUACUUGUUAUCA